AUGUCGGCCAUGGGCACGUGUCCUACCAGAGUAUCCGUUCGAUCCGGCAUUACUCGAUGCUGGCUGCGCUCAUCGAUACUUGCUUCGGGACGAUACUUCCGCUCUGCAGGGAAAUUCAAGCGAGCGAGUAUUCCGUUGGAGAUGCCUUCACCGAGCACUAGAAUUCCGGUUCAAAUCUUGCAUGUGGCGGCGGAGAGCGACCGGCCGGCCAUUUUUAGUGUUCUCCACUCUACAACAUUCAGUGCCAGAGGUGAGGAGCAGCGGGAGGUUUCGAAAAUGAAACGCGCCGCAAGACAAGCUUUCCAAGGUUUGGAGAGUCCUGUUAGUAGGAAAGGUAGUAGAAACAGUUACUUCUCGUCGCCCUUGAAGACGAGAAAUACCUGUUCUUACUAUUCGAGGUUGGUGUCUUCCAUGAAGACACUAACCGUGAACCCCAAGGGUCGAUCCGCCGACAAACCAAGAGGUAGAAACAGCAAAGUCACACCUUCUGGUCAGGGAAGCCAUAUGAAGAGGAAUGACAAGAAAGCUAGUAAAGCGGCUAUUUUUUAUGUGACGAACGCAGUGACUUUUAUAGGCAGAGGAGCAGAGGGUGAAGAUGCUUGUAUUUCCACGGAAUCGACUAGGAGUUCAACUCCCGCAUCAACCGUGGUAGGAGUAGUCCGAUCUCGAUCAUCCAGGGCAGAUGUUGGUUUCUCAGUUGCCGCAGGUCGUGAAAGCAAUUAUAUCAUGAAGAGUAAUCCCUCGGAGUUUGCUGCUUUCGAGGCACACACAACUGGAUUUGCCUCCAGGAUGAUGGUCAAAAUGGGGUACGUUUGGGGUCAUGGGCUCGGACGAGAAAAGCAAGGUAUAACUCAACCGGUAGAGGCUGUCAAGAGGCCGAAGUUACUGGGUUUGGGUGCUUAG